ACGCUCUGCCUGUGCUGCCCAGAGUUGCCAGGCAUUCUUGCAGGAGGAGGUCUGUGUCAUUAAAGGAGGAAGGCAGAGAAGCAUCAGCUCUCUUACAGCGAGCAGGCCGAGGACUCCUGGCAGAUCUGCAGCUCAUCUGAGAUGUAUUAAGCCCCAGAGAAGAAGGACCCUCUCUGAUCUGUCUGCACUGACGCUCCUCAGAGAGAUCCUAUUUGCUGCCUGAGGUACACGCAUACAUGUAGCAGCGUCUCCUCCAACACAACGUAGGAGAGCCAAAAUAUUUUUCCAGACGCCACAAGGCAACGCCGGAGAAGAAAAGAUCCAAGGAAACUCCAUGAGAACUUGCAUUUCAGGAGUAGGAAACUGCUUUCAGGGAGAAAAAAAACCCCUGACUUCAAACUAAAACUGGGUGCUGUCCUUCUUGCUGGUGUAAGCAGAGGAGAUCUCAAGGACAAGUGAGAAAGAAGAUUUCACAUAAAUACAGGAAACACCUGAAGGUUUUUCCUGACUUCUGCUGCCGGAAAUACAGACGAGAGGCAAAGCUGACACUGAUUUUUUGGAAGAGGUUUGCAACAAUUCAUUAGUUGAUCGCCAUGUCACGCUGGGGGAGAAAGAAUGUGAAGAAGGCGCCUGAGGUGGUCCGCACUGUGACAGAGGGGCUGAAGUCUCUGUACCAGAAGAAGCUGCUGCCGUUGGAGCAAUACUACGGUUUCCAUGACUUCCACUCUCCAAGUCUGGAAGAUGCUGACUUUGACAACAAGCCCAUGGUCCUGGUGGUGGGGCAGUACUCCACAGGAAAGACAACAUUCAUCAAAUAUCUACUGGAACAGGACAUUCCCGGGAGCAGGGUGGGACCCGAACCCACCACGGACUGCUUCACCGCCAUCAUGCAUGGGGAGGUGGAGGGCGUCAUCCCAGGGAAUGCCCUGAUUGUAGACCCCAACAAGCCUUUCCGCAAACUCAACCCGUUUGGAAACACCUUCCUGAACAGAUUCCAGUGUGCACAGAUGCCCAACCAGGUUCUGGAGAGCAUCAGCAUCAUCGACACGCCUGGAAUCCUGUCUGGGGCCAAGCAGAGAGUGAGCCGAGGUGAGGGACGCAAGAAAGGUUAUGACUUCCCGGCCGUGCUGCGCUGGUUUGCCGAGCGCGUGGACCGCAUCGUCCUGCUGUUUGAUGCCCAUAAACUGGAGAUCUCUGACGAGUUCUCUGAGGCCAUCGGGGCCCUCAAGGGCAACGAGGACAAGCUCCGCGUGGUGCUCAACAAAGCAGACAUGGUGGGCACCCAGCAGUUGAUGAGGGUGUACGGAGCGCUGAUGUGGUCUUUGGGAAAGGUGUUUGGCACCCCGGAGGUUCUGCGCGUCUACAUCGGCUCCUUCUGGUCAGAACCGCUGAUGGUGUCAGACAACCGAAAGCUGUUUGAGCUGGAGGAGGAGGAUCUGUUCGCCGAAAUUCAAAAUCUUCCUCGCAACGCAGCUCUGCGCAAACUCAACGACCUGGUCAAGAGGGCUCGCCUCGUCAGGGUCCAUGCCCACAUCAUCAGCUAUCUGAAGCAGGAGAUGCCCUCUGUGUUCAGGAAGGACAACAAAAAGAAGAAUCUGAUCUACCAGCUGCCUGUCAUUUUCUCCAAGAUCCAGCUGCAGCACAACAUUUCUCCUGGAGAUUUCCCCGACUGUGCAAAGAUGCAGGAGCAGCUGAUGGUUCAUGAUUUCACCAAGUUCAAAACCUUGAAGCCAAAUCUGAUGGCAGCUUUGGACGAGCUGCUCUCCUCUGACAUCGCCAAGCUGAUGCCCCUCCUGAGGCAAGAAGAGCUGGAAGCCGGCGACCAGCCGGGAGUACAGGGUGGCGCCUUCAUGGGAACCCGAGCUGGGCCUUUCAACGAGGGUGAUCCCUUCGCAGAGGAAAACGGCGAGGGAUGCGAGGAAGAGGGAGACUGGGUGGUGACCAAAGACAAGCCUAAAUACGACGAGAUCUUCUACAACCUUGCCCCCAAUGAGGGCAAACUGAGCGGCCCCAAGGCGAAGGACUGGAUGGUGAGCUCUCGCCUGCCCAACUCGGUGCUGGGUCGCAUCUGGAAGCUGUCGGAUGUGGAUCGUGAUGGCAUGCUGGAUGACGAAGAAUUCGCCCUGGCCAGUCACUUGAUUGAGGUGAAGCUGGAGGGCCACGGCCUGCCGCCCGAGCUCCCCAGCCGCCUGGUCCCCCCGUCCAAACGCAGGCAGAAGGGCUCGGACGCGUAAACUCUCUGUUGUCCGUCACGCUCCAGCUUGCAGCUUUCCCUCAGACUCAUGCACGACUAAAACUGAGUUCCCAGGUGUGACUGUGAUCUGAAGACCCACUCAGAUCGUCUUUGGUUUUAUUUUCAAAUCGUUCCCAGUGGUCUUUGAAUGAUGAUUAAGCUGUUUUUAGCCGUUUAAAGAAAACCUGCUGUUUUCUAGGACGUAGUUUUUCACCUCUAAGUUUUGGACAGGACUUUUAAACAUUCUCCCCCUAGCUUACAGCCCCUCACACCUGCACCCUGACAUUACCGGUGUAACAAAAAUGGGAUUUCAGAGCUAUCUAGCCGUACAGUUUUGAUCCCGAUGCUAGCUCAGACAAGGAAAACGAAGACGUACAUAGAUCUAUUUGCCUGGUAGUGGAUGCAUCAGAAAGGAGCGGAACAGGGAGCUUGUGCCCCGCCCAGCAUAUUUUCAUAAAUAGGAUCUUUGUCAUAUGACAUUUUUUAUCAUCUGCUACAAAACGAUUUGAAUAAAUGCAGUUUUAACCUUAAUUUUGAAUAUCUAUUUCCUCCAUCUUCAGAAAAAUGCCACAAGAACAUGUUAAAAACACAAGUUUCAUCAGAGCGGGUCUGUAAGAAGUCACACAGAUCUCAGUGCUUCUGCAGUUUAACUUUUACAUUAUGAGCUUUUUUUUGCAUUUACUUAGAAGAAGCGAACAAAAGCAGAAAGGAGAGCUGACAGCUCGGUUGGAUUUUUCUUUCCAAUCAAAAUAUCUAUUUGCUGAGACCAUUUUUUUAUAUAAAUGUUUUUUAUUUAGUUAGCUGCUCACACCUAAUAACCAGUUUGAUGCUUCUAUACUUCAAAGCAAAGUUUGGAUGUUUUUUUUUUUCUCUUUCUGUUGUUGUGAAUGUUUGGGAGGGAGACCCUCAUUUGUGUAAAAGAACACGCUGAGACUGAACAAUGUAUUUCUGACUACUGUGCACAGCUCCACCAACUGUUAUGGAUUAUUGCAAACUGAAUAAAAAUUCCUGACUGUG